UUACUCCACCGCGCUCACUCAGCUCGGCUCGGCGAGUUUGACACCAUCAUCCUCACAGUGUCACACGGUCACCACACCCACUCCCACUUUCACUCCCGUGCAGGCGUGCACACUCCCCUCUCCGUCUCCAAGUGCGCUGUGCCGUGUGCGCACUCAACAGUCCAACUGUCCAAGCUCGGCAGCUCACCGGCGAAGCGAGCGUUAACCAUCCAUAAAGGGGCGGCAAAAGGAGAGAUCAAACAAAGGGGUAGUAAAAAAGAAGCAGCAGCAAAAAAGCUCGCGCAUUCCUCCCGUCGCCAUUGCCGCCCCCUACCAGCCUCUCUCGAUAAAAACGCCACCUCACUCCCUCUCUCACGCUCUUCCCGUUUGCCAAGCUUGCCACCUAGCUCGCUCCAAGAAGCAGUGGGUCACUGCUCGCCCAUCGGCUAGCUUGCCAAGGCACGCGAAGAGAGGGGGAGAGAGAAGCUUGGUACUUGGAGGUGAGGAGAGGCGUGGCACCAUGGCCGCGGCGCUGCCUUUUCUUGUCGCCGGCGGCGGCCGCAUCCUUCUGGCCGCGUUCCUGGCGGCCUCCCUCUUGGCCUCGGCCAAUGCGGCCGUCUCCUACGACCACCGCUCCCUCGUCAUCAACGGCCGCCGCCGCAUCCUCAUCUCCGGCUCCAUUCACUACCCCAGGAGCACGCCCGAGAUGUGGCCGGGGCUGAUCCAGAAGGCCAAGGACGGCGGCCUGGACGUCAUCCAGACCUACGUGUUCUGGAACGGCCACGAGCCGGUGCAGGGACAGUACUACUUCGCCGACCGCUACGACCUCGUCCGCUUCGUCAAGCUGGUGAAGCAGGCCGGCCUCUACGUCCACCUCCGCAUCGGACCCUACGUCUGCGCUGAGUGGAACUUCGGUGGAUUUCCUGUUUGGCUCAAGUAUGUGCCCGGCAUCAGCUUCAGGACGGACAAUGGCCCGUUCAAGGCUGCAAUGCAGAAGUUUGUUGAGAAGAUCGUGUCGAUGAUGAAGUCCGAGGGGCUGUUCGAGUGGCAGGGCGGCCCAAUCAUCAUGGCUCAGGUGGAGAACGAGUUCGGGCCGAUGGAGUCUGUCGGGGGCAGCGGCGCCAAGCCGUAUGCGUACUGGGCUGCCAAGAUGGCCGUGGGGACCAACACCGGCGUGCCGUGGGUGAUGUGCAAGCAAGACGACGCCCCAGACCCCGUGAUUAACACUUGCAAUGGCUUCUACUGCGAUUACUUCACCCCGAACAAGAAUUACAAGCCAGCAAUGUGGACUGAGGCUUGGACUGGAUGGUUUACGAAGUUCGGAGGCGCUGUGCCUCACCGGCCGGUGGAGGACAUGGCCUUCGCCGUGGCGAGGUUCAUUCAGAAGGGUGGCUCCUUCGUGAACUACUACAUGUACCAUGGAGGAACAAACUUCGGCCGCACGGCCGGUGGUCCCUUCAUCGCAACCAGCUACGAUUAUGAUGCCCCCAUCGAUGAAUUCGGUCUAUUUAGACAGCCGAAAUGGGGUCACCUGAGGGACCUGCACAGGGCCAUCAAGCAGGCCGAGGCAGUGCUGGUUUCUGGCAAUCCGACAAUCCAGAAACUUGGAAACUACGAGAAGGCAUACGUCUACAAGUCGAAGAAUGGAGCCUGUGCUGCGUUCCUGUCGAACUACCACAUGAAUUCUGCCGUGAAAGUCAAGUUCAAUGGGCGUCACUAUGACCUCCCUGCAUGGUCCAUUAGCAUUCUACCGGACUGCAAAACUGCGGUCUUCAACACCGCAACGGUGAAGGAGCCAACUCUGCUGCCAAAGAUGAAUCCGGUGGUUCGGUUCGCUUGGCAGUCCUACAGCGAGGACACAAACUCGCUGGACGACAGCGCAUUCACAAAGGAUGGCCUGGUUGAGCAGCUCAGCAUGACAUGGGACAAGUCGGACUAUCUGUGGUACACCACCUAUGUCAACAUUGGUGGCAAUGAGCAAUUCUUGAAGUCUGGCCAGUGGCCUCAGCUCACUGUCUACUCCGCUGGGCACUCGAUGCAGGUGUUUGUCAAUGGGAAAUCAUACGGAUCUGUUUAUGGCGGCUACGACAACCCGAAACUAACAUUCGAUGGACAUGUGAAGAUGUGGCAGGGCAGCAACAAGAUCUCCAUCCUAAGUUCAGCAGUUGGCCUUCCUAACGUCGGCAACCAUUUUGAGUCAUGGAACGUCGGCGUCCUUGGACCGGUGACACUCUCCGGCCUGAAUGACGGGAAGAGGGACCUCAGCCAUCAGAAAUGGACAUAUCAGGUCGGCCUGAAAGGCGAGUCGCUCGGCCUCCACACCGUUACCGGGAGCUCUGCCGUCGAAUGGGCCGGUCCUGGCGGCAAGCAGCCACUGACUUGGCACAAGGCCUUCUUCAACGCGCCGGCGGGGAGCGACCCGGUGGCACUGGACAUGGGCAGCAUGGGCAAAGGCCAGAUCUGGGUGAACGGCCACCACGCCGGCCGUUACUGGUCGUACAAGGCCUACUCCGGCAGCUGCGGCCGGUGCAGCUACGCCGGGACGUACCACGAGGACCGGUGCAUGUCCAACUGCGGCGACCUGUCCCAGAGAUGGUACCACGUGCCGCGGUCGUGGCUGAAGCCGAGCGGGAACCUGCUGGUGGUGCUGGAGGAGUACGGCGGCGACCUCUCCGGCGUCUCCCUGGCGACAAGGACGACAUGAACAAGAGCAGGAACUCAUUCUAACUCAUACAUACUGCGACGUACGAAUAUGUUUACAGAUUUUCGGAGCCCAGGAGAGUAGAAAACCGGUGACGCAGUAUUUGUCGACAGUAUUUAGGCACACCACAACACCGUACACACACACAGCUACAGUCUACAAGAGGAGAUGAAGGUGACAUUACUGCCGAGCGGAGAGGUUGUUGCCGGCCAUCAGUGCGGCUGCAGGAACGGCAGCUAGCUGCACCACCGGCACACACUUCGAGCUCAAUUCAAUUGGAUUCUUUUUUGGUUUCAAUGACUCUGAGUAUUGCGACAGUGUAUGCAGGCAGCAGUGUUGCUUGCGAUAGAUUGCGGCUGCAUUUUUGCAGAUGUCAACAUUGAUCGACCUAUUUUUAUUUAUGGAAGGGUAAUGGUUUAUUAGUCCA